GUUCACAUCAUUUCUUGUUCCCUUUCAAAAUUGCCAUUAUUUCCCAUUUAACCUUGACAACUAUGAUUACGGACGAUGGUCGUCAAUAUUGUUUAAGAGGCCGUGCUUGUCCCGGAGGGUGACUGUGCAGGAGCAGAUGUCCUCGUCCUUCAUGGACUCGCCGCCGCCGCCGCCGCCGCCGCACCACUUCGACGCCCCUUUCUUCGGCGCCGAUCUCAUCCCCUCCGGCCUCCUCCGCCGGAUGCGCGGGUACCGCCACUCCCCCGGAGGCCUCGAGGAAGAGAUCAUGAUGUUUCAAACACGAGUAUUGCUGGGAGGAAUGAGUAUGUAUGAUCGGUACCAGGAUUGGCGCCUUGAUGUUGACAACAUGACAUACGAGGAGUUGCUCGAGCUUGAAGACAGAAUUGGAUAUGUCAACACAGGGUUGCGUGAGGAUGAGAUCACUCGCAGCCUUAGGAAGGUCAAAAACCCAGCCUUCGGUUCUUUCCGGUUAACAGAAAUGGAAAGGAAAUGCAGUAUUUGUCAGGAAGAAUUUGAAGCAAAUGAAGAAAUGGGAAGGCUUGGUUGUGGCCAUAGCUAUCAUGUUUACUGCAUCAAGCAGUGGCUCUCUCAGAAGAACGCUUGUCCAGUUUGCAAGACUGCGGUCAACAAGACUUGAAAUCCAUAACUCCAAGCGCGUUAUCUGUAUCACUGGGGAAACUGAAAGUCCUGUUGUGUCUUGUACAGUUCGUUACAUAUGCUAUUGUAUAAACACAACAUCCAUUCGUAUGCAUUUGCAGAUAGAAAUGCCAUAUUGUGGCCAUCUCUCAUCAAA